AUGAAAAAUACCAAGGAGGCUGCGGAUGCAGAGCAACAAUGUGCCGAGUUGAAGCGACAAAUUGCAGAUGUCGAGCGACAACUUGCAGAUAUGGGGCGAGGAACUGCGGAAGCAAGGAGGCGGGCGGAACCGUCGAAUUUUCAUCAGAUACUUCGGCUUGCAGAAGACGAGCUCUUCUCCCGCUUCAACAAAGACCCGAGACAACUCUCAAUCACCACGGGCGACACCGAAGCCGAAGGGAAUUGGUGCCCUUCCAAACUGCGAAGGUGGACCGUCUUUCCCGACCUGCAUUCCGCCAGGUUUCAUCAACUCGAAGCCACUUUAGCGGAUCGGAAACUGUUCGCCUCUAUCCAUCAGAUGCGCGGUGCCUCCCGAUAUAUCAGCCCCAAUGGGUUCAAACACGAGGACGACGUUCGGGAGUUUCACCCCACCAUCCGACGGGUGACAUAUCGCAGUGCGGGCGUCGGCCCAGCGCCGCAGCAGGUGGAAGUUGAGGUCGAUGAGGACGAUAUGUCGCCGGACGCCUUACCCAACCGGUGGGGGAUACGGAUCGAUCGCCAGGGCGAAGGGGAGAAUUGUUUCUUCGGCAAGUUUAGAGUGCCGUACCAACUUACUGCAGAGAUGCUAAGGCCUGUGCUGGCCGAACACCCCGGCAACGAUUUUUUUUCGGUAUCACGCGACGUUUCGCCUGCUAAGCUAUAA